GUCCGAGCUUCAGCUAGUUGGACCCGGGCAAGACCUUUAGAAUGCCUUGGCAAAGGGCCUGCGAGACUUCUAGCCUAGCACGCCCAGCUUGCAUGUCGAGCUAAAGAGGCUUGAUAGCCUUGCUGAUCUGGCUUAAAUGAGUCCAAAGCCCCGGACUCCCCCCAACCGUCACGGAUGCCCCCACUCUUCGAUCAUUGCCAUGCUCCCCGCCCGAUCCUUCUAUCAUCAAUCCCGGGCUAUCUUCCUUGGAUACGACCGCCGCCUCCUGACCGACCAUAUCUUGCCGUGACAUAGUCGGCAAGCCUAGUAAUUAUCACAUGGCAGCAACCCUGUAAACACUUUCAGUUGUGGACCGGAGGAACGCAUCCAAGCAGCCAGCGAAAAAGAACCGAAAAAAGAAACAGACAAGGCCCGCUUCCUCGCAAGCAAUGAGCGACGCACUAUUUUUAGAACCCGCACAACCGGACUUUGUCGGUGUCGGCCAAGUGUCAAAGACCAAGGCGGACGAGCGGACUGGACGGGUGCGCACGUUGUCUCGGCUCAAGAGCUGGAUCUCAGUCAGUGAACCAUCCGCCCAGGCGUUUAAACAACAUCAAGAAGAAUCAUGCAGCAGAGCUGGCACCAGUCGGGACGACCCAACAGCGAAGUCCAAACUGAGGGCUCCAGCCAGCAGCAUUCCAGAGGAUGCAAUCAAGCCUUCUGGCAAAGGUCCGGAUCCCGAGGACGCCGUGAGGACCAAGGCAGCACGAACUCGGGCUUUGAGACAGGCCUGCGCCGCCAUUUCUUCAGAAUCCCGGGCUUCACAAACCUACUCAUCCCACUCGGCCUCGUCAUUUGACUCCACUACGAGCCUCGAGCUGUCUACACCGUUCGGCGUGGCCAAGAGCAAGAGAUAACCCGCCUGCGGACUUAGAGAUGGCGCCUCGAUCCCAACUAGCCCCUUUCUGCUUCGUGGUCUGGUUGGACAAGGCUCCAGAAAAUAUUCCGAGCGCGGGUGAACAGGAUGGGAUUUCGUAACUGGUCCAACACGAGAAAAAGAAGUUCCGGCGAGGUUGUUUGCGGAACAUAGGAUUGUGUAUAUCUAGGGUCGCAUUUUGACAUUUACGAUUGAUAUUUGCCUCAUCUGGCCAGGCGAUGCAACGAGGGGGUGAGUGUUACAAUUGACAAAACUAACCGUCCUUCGAAUGGAAAUGCAUCGGGCAAGCUGCUGGGAUAGCAGA